GCCGCUCUAUCCUUCGCCGGCCAGAUUAGGAGGAUUGGCUACGAAAAGGAAAGGGGUGGAGCGCCAGGCGCGCAGCCCCACGAGAAGCGGCGCGAAGGGACCGAGCGCGCAGUGAGAGAAACGGACUGUCAAGUGGCCAUGAACCUGGUGGCGGAUCGGCGGAGAGCGAGGCCCGCGGAGCUGAGCAUGAACGAGCCGGAGCGCAAACGAGCAUGUAGAAGUUCAGAGACUAUUCCACAAGUGAUCAGCGCUUGCCACCCACAAAGCAAGUGUGUUAUGGAUUACUGGGAUAUGGAGCAGGAUUUGAAGCAGAAAGAUCCCGCUGAUUUUUUUAGUCCUCAGAUUAUGAAAGAAAAGCCAAAUUCCGUGAUAUUUCCGGAUAAUGAAACCAGAACUACAGCCCAGCCUUGCCCAAGAUGUAUUGCUGGAGAACCUGGACACUUUGGCCAUAUUAUGGGAUUUAUAGAAGAUCAAAGGACAUUGAUGCAGUGAUACUCCGUAACAAAAUACAUAGGGACUGGUUUGAGAUUCCAGACUUUUUCUACACUCCACUACAUUCAUAAUUAUUAUUAUUACAUCCAUACAGUUUAUCUUAGAUCUGGGGAAGACCUUGCCUGAAAAGGCUUAAAAUCAAUCUUGUGAUUCCUUAGGUUAUAAUUGAGCUACUUGGUAGCAACCAAUUGAACCUAGUCAAUGAUACUUCUUGAAAAUUGAGUCCAUACAUCCUCACUUUUCAACAGCCUUAGAUUGCUACCAUCUUAGUAUUUCUUGCAAUGAAAUUACGAUGUUCAUUCAUGUAAAGCACAUAGGAAAUACAAUAGGCCAGUGGGUGGUUACUCAUAGAAGCAAUACUAGACAUAUUCUGUCCUAUGAAUUCCAGAAGUGUGAUACUCUGUUUACCCAGACUAGUCCCAACAUAGUCAGUAAGACAGCUUCAAAAUAUGUGGCUCGAGUAUUCUUUAAGACUGCCUUAGUUGAACACAGUAAGGGUUACUUAUGAAACGACAUGCAUAGGUUUUAGCUGUUUGCAAAGCAACCACUCCUAUGAGCAAUAGCACAAGCCUCCUAGUACAUAGAACCAGGUGUGUCUGGCCUCCUCUAGUUGAAUGGCCAGUCAAAGCCAUUCUGGUGUGUGGCCGCUGUCACAUUCUGACCAUUUCUAGGAGCCACAGAUGAGAGCUGAGUGCAGGGUGAGGACCAAAAGUGAACAGUCUACCACCCUAGAAGGAGCAGGAAGUGUCGCCCACCAGAAGUACUACCCCUCCCAUAACGUCCCGUACACCCCUUUCCUAAUAGAUUAUAGAAUAUUUACACAGGCCACUGUGAACUGAAAAUGUAACCUUAGAUCAAAGGUUUCUACAAACGAGUAAAUAGUUAUACACACACAUAAACACAUAUACACAUAUCUAUAUAUCCCAAAAUUAAAUAGGGAGGAAGUGUUAUAACCACAAAAGCAUUGCUUUGAGAAAUUUCAACAUUAUCACUUUUUUAUAAUCAGUUUUGUACAUGUGUAUAUGUUAUUCAUCCUUUUGUAUAGAAAGCCUUGUUCUCCUACUUUCAUAUAUGUAAAAUAAUAUAUAGGUUCUUACCACUUUUAAUGCAGAUUUUUAUUUUUUAUUUCACCUUUGAAAUCUUUGUAUUUUGUAAAUCAGUGUUUAUGGAAAACUUUUUUAAAAAAUAAAUUGCAUGUUCGUUUUAAAAGAUAGCAUUGUUUUUUU